AUGAAUAUCUACACGCUAAGCAAAUUGCGAGCCAAAGUCAAGGAGGAUACCGAAGAAAAUAAAUUCAAAUUUUUGAAUCAAUUAUAUCGGACAGUAAAAAAUUGGAAGGGCGAAAUUCCAAAUGUCCAAGACAUCUGUACUGACGACAAUGUCGUAUGGUACUUAUCGCAAUCGACAAGAAAAUUCAAGACAAACACAUUUAUUACGUGGCUAUUACGCAGUGGCUACAAGGAUCGGCCCAAGUUCAAUGAAGCCGGCGAACCGUUGGUGUUCCGCACCACGCCAGUACAUCGAGCCACGAGACGCAGGGAUCGCGAUUUCGUCCGCGAUCUUUUUAAAAUUUAUACAAAUUUGUGCGUAAAUUACGUGGACGAGGAGACGGGCCUGACGCACUUCCACGUCGCCUGUCAAUUCGGUUUCGCAGACGUCGUCGAAAAAUUCCUCGAGCUCGGCCAGGAUCCCAAUUGUCCUUGGCGAACGAGGCGCGAGUCGACGCUACAUUUAGCUCUCAAGUGGAACCAAAAACAAGUGAUCGAGUUGCUGUUGAGAAGCGGCGCCGAUGUGAAUUCGGCCGACGAGGAGGGAUCGACUCCGCUGCACCGUUUAAUCGAAAAAGGCAGCUUUAAAUUAGCAAAGUUGUUCUUCGGCAUCUGCGACGAAACUCGUCAAACGGUGCAGGUCAACGCCCAGGACGACCAAGGUUGGACACCUAUUCAAUAUGCAGUUCAAUUCGAUUUUAGAAAAGCAGCGGCUUUACUACUUAGAAGAGGCGCGGAUCCAAAUAUAGUCAAUGUAGAAGAGAAAAACGUAUUGCAUAUUAUGUGCCAGAAGGACACAGAUGACGAUACAGUUCGACUUUUUUUCAUCGGUAAUUCGUCCCCUCGUGUCAACGCCCAGGACAAGUUGGGUAAUACACCACUACAUUUGGCUCUCAUGAACGCACACAAGGAGUUGGCCGAAGUACUACUGAGAAACGGCGCCGAUCCGAAUGUGUGCAACGAGGAUGGAUCGACACCUCUGCAUAUUAUUUGCAAGAGGAACGUCGACAACGAGGACUUAGUGGAGACGUUUUUCAAGAUCAACGACGACAUCCGGCAGACGGUGCAAAUUGACGCGAAGGACAAGUUGGGACGAACACCACUCCAAUGCGCCGUGGCGCAUCUUAUGCCAGAUACGGUCGACGUACUCUUGGAUCAUGGUGCUGACACAACAAAAUUCAUUUUCCCCUCUCUGAAUGACUUUACACUUGCCACACAAAGUUUCAGAUUCACGGAACCUCGAUUCCUCCUGGUUUUAGCAUCUGGUGCUCUAGACGUUGCAGAACGUCUGAAAAACAAUGGGAACUUUUUCCAAAAUGACGCUCAGAUUAUUAUAAAUCUAUUUAAUGAACAUAAAUUGUUCAAGAAGACGGCGGGUCUGAAUAAUUUUUGGUAUGAUAACGAUGACUUUAAAGAAAUGGCGAAACGGACACUCAUACCACAACAUAUUUUGUCGCUAUACGACCUGGUCGAAUUUAGAUAUAAUGAAACCAUAAACAUUUUUUCUUACGCCCCAUAUUUCAAAUUUGCACACUCUAUGGAAAAAUGGGAUCGUCUCAAAGAAUAUGAAGAAACUUGCGCUUUGCAUCUUUGCAAAGUAAUCAUUAACACAUUUCGGCAGCAAUGGGAAUGA